CCCAAGUGCCAUUAUUUCUACCCGCAUUUGAGCCUUCACUUGUUUGGGUCAGUGACCUUGAAAAAUACCGGAAAAUUCAAAAUGGCGUCGGCACAUCGAGGGAAUUUUGUGUGGUUAGAAACGCUUCGUAAAGCAAGAAAGACGAGCCUUGUUCAGGAUGGUCGGCAAAAAGUUCAUUACACUUUUCCGGAUGGAACAGAAAUGGUAGAAGAAUAUGAGGUAACCUCUGGGGAACUCUUGGUGAGGAAAUGGAAGAAAAAAUCUACUCUUGGUAGAGAAGGGAAAUGGGAUUAUGAGAUUGGUGAGGACCUCAGGCCAGUUAAUUUGGAUAUGGAAAAUAUCAGUGAAAGUAGAGGAAAUCCCAUGUUCACAAGAAAAGACAACAGUAAAGCCUUUCAGUGGAGAAUAAGAAACCUUCCAUAUCCAUUGGAAGUAUACAGUGUGACAGUUGAUGAUGACAAACACUCUAUUACAAUAAGGACAAGCAACAAAAAAUACUAUAAAAAAUUUCAAAUUCCUGACAUGGAGAGAGCAAAAGUGGAUUUAGAACAGAGUGCAAUAUCUAAAGCCCAUGCCAACAACACACUCAUAAUCACAUACAAAAAGCCCCCUUUGAUUCUUGAGCAAGAAAAGCUUAUCCGACAGGAACUGGUCAAAAUGAAAUCAAGUCGUGACGGGGAUGUGGAGUGUACGCCAAGCUGACUAAAAGGUCCAUCUCUGGCUAAUCGUGUUGAAACCUGCUCUCCGCAAUAUGAGAGGCAGUUUAAAGGACAUGCGUCAAAGAUAUUUACAUAGAAUUGUCCCUUUUCAGAACAAGCACUUUUUAUAGAUCUCCACUGUCAUGAUGGACCAGAUUUGCGAACAGGAUUUUGGCGGCGAUGAUCUCUCAUACUUAUGGCCCCACUGGAGUUGCAAGAAGGUUGCUCGUGCUUUUCUGGGGCUCUGAUCAACUUUAAAGCUCUUAGCUUUCCUGGAACUAAAUAAUUUGGCUUUAUCAUCGAAUUUAUGUAAAUUGGCCACCGUAAAGAUUUUCGAAAGCUGAGGUUUCGAGCGUUAG